UUGGUUUUAAUUGAUAUUUAUCACACCUUGACCUUCAUUAUUUUCAUGACACCAUUCUUGAUCUUUUCCGUAAUCCACCACCUAAUAUUAAUCACCUAGGGUUCCUCUAACCACCCAAGAAAACAAGGAAGAUUUUUCUUUUUUUUCCUCUAGGGCUUGUCGUCAACUUCUCAAUUGGCCAUCAUCUACAAUGGAGAAACCUGAUGACUUCUGGAUCCCCAAGAAAAGCAAAAAAGAAUCAUCAUGGGAAGAGCUGGCUUUCGCAGAAGACGAUGCUGCCGGAUCUUUGUGGCCGCCGAGAUCUUACACGUGUAGCUUCUGCCGGAGAGAGUUUAGAUCGGCUCAAGCCCUCGGUGGCCACAUGAACGUUCACCGAAGAGACAGAGCACGGCUUAAGCAAGCCGACGACCAAUACUUAUUCUCCAAAUCUUCUUCACCUCCGGAGUAUCCAUCUCAUAACGAUAGCGAUGAUAUUCGUGAAACCUCUUGCUAUACUUUGGUUUUUAACUCAAAACCUAAUUAUUUUAAGACUCAACACUCUUGUGUUAUUGACCUUUCUUCGUCUUCUUCUUUACCAUAUUUGACUCCUAGGGUUUCUUCUGGUUUGCCUGAAAAACAAAAUACUUCUUCCUCUUCUCCUUCUUUCGUUGUAGAACCUUCCAAGAACUCCAAAAAAAUACCCUCUUCCCCAUGGCCGUGCCCGAGUACCUUUGUGGAGCAAAAGCGUUGUGAUCUAUAUGAAAUUCCGGUUAUGGAAGGAGACAAGAAGAGAAAGAUCGAGAGUGAUGUGCCAAGAAUCGAGCACAAAGCAAAACUUGGUCUUGGAAGUAGCACUGAUCUCUCGGUGAGCAUGAAUCUGGUCAUCCACCAAAGUUUUCCGGUUACUGCUCACGGCAGCGAUGAUGAGAUCGGGAGGGGUGAUAUAUGUAAGAGAAGACGAAGGCAUGAGAGUCCAUCGCAGCCAUCGAUUUUCAUUUCAAGUUUAUCUUGUAAGAGUGAUAUUAUUACAAGAAAAGAGGAUAUCAAACACAAGGGUGAUCGCUUUGAGGAUUUAGACCUUGAGCUUAGGCUAGGGACAGAUCCACCAAAGGGAAAUUGAUUGAUGGACUGAUGAAUCCCUACCAAAAGGUAAGGAAGAAAUAUAUAUAUAUAAAUAGAAACAUUUCAUAUGGUGAGCCAUGGUGAGCGAAAAAAAAACAUUUCCUAUGGGUGUAUGUGUAUGUGUUUGUGUGUUACUUGGAUUUAUCUUUCCUUGGUUUUUGCGUGUUUAAAGUGUACCAGCUGCUAUACAGAUU